AUGGACAAUUACGCAACAAAAGAGGAAAAAGUUGAAAAACGAGAAAAAAUGAGCUCAAAGAAACUCAUCAGUGCUGUCGCAUCGUCAUCGCAAUCCCGAAGGUAUGCGAAGGCGUUGCUGAUCUACAUGGAAUCAAGUGCACGCACCGCUUAUGGAGUCACUAUUGUGGUUCUGCCACUGCUAUUUAUGAUCCUUUAUCUGCCGAUUUUGCUGAUUUUCUUUGUCGAUAAAGAAUUCCGUAAAGUCAGCGCCUAUAUCAUCAUGACACACAUUGGUGUGCUAGACGCGUUGCAGCUGCUGAUCCACUCAUAUUCGGGAGUGCUCGUCCUAGCAAGCGUUGAUCUUGGCGAGGGUAUGAAAAAGGUUGUUGGCGCAAUCCUAACCGGGUUAUGGUUUUCCGGUUUGGCAUUCACAUUAUUCCUCACUCUUAAUCGUUUUAUCACAGUGUUGCUUCAAAAGUGGUUUCCACAGCUGACGUCUAACAGACUGACAUGUGCUCUGUUCGUAAUGUGCUAUUUUUGUUUUAUUGUACCAUUCGUGCUCAAAUUGCUGCCACAAUGUAACUACACUUUCGAUCCAGACACCUUUUCAUGGACGUAUUUACCUACCGAUAGCCACAUAUCGAUAGUGAUGAACAAAUUAGGGAAUUAUCUUGUUUUGGCAAUAGUCGUGUUAUCAAUAAUCACAUACGUCUCUAUCUUCGGUUACAUCGGUUUCUUCAGCCAAGCGAGACUAAGCAAAAGAGAGUACUGGAUCACUGUGCAGGUGUCUCUGCUGGUACUGUAUUUCUUGUUCUCCUUCAUUUAUUGGACGUACUUGAUGCCAAUUUUUGGCAGCUCGGUUGUGUCUGAUUUCGUCUCCUGUUUGGUAUGGGUGGUAAUGAACGGAAUCCAUCCGAUUAUUUACCUCAUAUUCAACCAGCGAUUGCGAUACUCGUUUGUGCAACUCUUCACUCAGCUCAGGAUACCACAUGAAACGUCUAGUGCGAAUAGGACUGUGAAAGUUAAAAUGUCUUCGAAAUUUCGUCCUUGA